AUGCAAAAGUAACUUGUCUUAAUUAGCAUGGAAAAAUCAAUCCUAUGGUUUCUCUUCAAUCCAACGAGAAAUGCCUGAAAAUUUCUGCUUUUCAUUCUUCCUAACCUCCUUUAUCACACUAACAAUACUAAUCACACCAAGCAAUGGUAGUAUUAGCAGCACCAAUUACCUCCUCACCUGCGGGGCAUCCACCACCUUAGACAAUAACCAAACUUGGUACACCGAUGAAAACACCACAUUUGCACCUAUCGCAGCCUAUAAAGCCGCCACGGCAGCCGCAAAUGCCACCAAAGAAGAAUCUUCCUUAAGAGACCAAGCAUUUUGCUCCUCAGCUCGUCUAUUUUAUUCACCCUUCACCUACUCCUUUCCUGUGUCACCCGGCCCUAAAUUUGUGCGCCUUUACUUUUGUGCCGUAGCCACCUACAACACCACCUCCACCGAACACUUAUUUCUCUCUCUUCAAGCUGAUGGAGGUGAUGCAUCCUUUAAUCUCCUACAUAACUAUAGUGCUUAUCUUCACCAGCAGCAGUUCAAGGACUCCUUCGCCGGCCCCAUGGCGAAGGAGUUCCUCGUCAUGGCUACAACCUCACUGCUCAAACUUACCUUUUCUCCUACGUUGGUAGGUUCCCUGGCCUUUGUUAAUGCCAUUGAAAUAGUGGCUGUACCUUACGGCCUCUUAUGAUUAUUUCAAUUCUCCUUCUGUUGAAGAAUCUGGAGCACCUUCUUUCAGAUCUACGCCCUGUCGAAAGAAGAACUCCGUCGAUACUCAAUUACCAAUCUUCAUCUUAGGGCCAACAGCAAUAGAGACAGUAGUCCGACUGAAUGUAGGCGGGAUUGACGUAAGUUCGACAUUGGACACCGGAGGAAUGUCGCGAACAUGGUACAAUGACGACAAUCACUUAACAGGAAAUUUCAGAGGGGCGACAUCUAGAUUGAACCUAACCAAGAUAAAGAUACUUUACACGGCGUCGGUGCCGGAAUACACGGCACCGAGCUCAGUGUAUGGGACAUCUAGGGUCAUGGGCCCGUUAAAUGAUAAGAUUAAGCUCAGUAAUAAUAUUACAUGGUCAUUUUCUGUUGAUUAUGGGUUUCAGUACCUGGUUAGGCUCCAUUUUUGUGAGAUGGACCCUCAAGUUACAAAAAGUGGUCAGAGAGAAUUUGAUGUUUUCAUUAAUAAUAAGAUGGCUGAUAAUAUGGUUGACGUCCUAGAUUUCACUGACGGUCAAAGGGCUUCUCCGGUGUGUAUGGACUAUAUGGUUUCAAUAUAUGAUGAGAGCGCAAACAAAGCUUCUCUUUCGCUCACUCUCCGUCCUGAUGUUGGGUUUGUCCGCCACUUCUCGUAUCAUGAUGUCAUCUUGAAUGGAUUGGAAAUCUUCAAGCUGAAUCAAUCAGAUGGGAAUCUUGCCGGACCUAAUCCGGCUCCUCUACCCUACAAUACUAAUCAACCGAGUAAUGGAACAAAUUUCUCAAGCGAUAGAAAAUCAGCUCACUUGCUGAUAAUUGAAAUUAUGGCUGGUGUGCUAGGAAGCGUUGUUCUUAUACCCUUAACUAUUGUAUUCGUAUAUUGUUGGCGAACGAGCAAACUAAGCACAAUCGAGUCUAAGAAGCUCCUUGGUUCAACUCACAACUCUGGAUCCUCCACCACAAGCAGCGGUGCCUCCUCAUUACCGUCUCAUCUAUGCAAGCGCUUCACAUUGCAGCAGAUGAAGCUCGCUACGAGCAACUUUGAUGAUGAUUUUGUUAUCGGCGUGGGUGGAUUUGGCAAGGUAUACAAAGGAUCCAUCGCAAUAGAUGGAGAAACCAACGUUGUGGUUGCAAUCAAGCGGCUAAACCAAUCGUCGAAGCAAGGGGCUCAGGAGUUCCGCACUGAGAUUGAGAUGCUAAGUGCUUUAAGACACAUGCAUUUGGUCUCCUUAAUAGGGUAUUGCAACGAGAAUAGUGAAAUGAUGUUGGUGUACGAGUACAUGUCUCUAGGCCCCCUUCAAGAUCAUCUUUAUCGCACCUAUAACACAAGAAGCGAUGACAGUACUGUAGACAACACCAACUAUGCUCCAAUGCCUUGGAAGCGACGUCUCAUGACCUGCAUUGGGGCAGCAAGAGGCUUACACUACCUUCAUACAGGUGCAAAUCGGGUGAUCAUACAUCGCGAUGUCAAGUCCUCUAACAUCCUCUUGGACAAGAAUUGGACUGCCAAAGUCUCCGAUUUUGGCAUGUCCAAGUUAGGACCCUCUUCAAUAGAGUCCGGUCCCAUUUAUAUUAGUACAUUAGUAAAGGGUAGCAUUGGUUACCUAGAUCCAGAGUAUCUUAGACUAGAGAAACUCACGGAGAAGUCUGACGUAUAUUCAUUUGGUGUGGUGUUAUUUGAGGUCUUAUGUGCUCGGCCAGCAAGGAGUCGCUCUUUAGUAGUAGAGCAAGUGAAUUUAGCUAAGUACGCUCAAAGAUGCUACAAAGAAGACAUUCUUCAUGAGAUAGUGGACCCAAUUAUAAAACAUGAGAUUGCACCAGUGUGCUUAAAGAAGUUUGGAGAGAUUGCAGAGAAGUGUGUACGUGAUCACGGGAGCGAACGACCAUCCAUGGAAGAAGUAGUAUGGUACCUAGAGUUUGCAUUGCAGCUUCAAGAAACUACGGAGAACAAUGGAGUUACAAGUUCUGUUUUUGCUAAUGACAAGGGAGAUGGUAAUAUUACGAUUGAUACAGGGGAUUUUUCCACCUCAUGGGAAAUAUUGGCAUCCAAAACUAGCGCUGGUGGUACCAGUACCACAUUGACCAACAAAAUUGGUGCUCUUACAUAAUUUGGUAUUAAUUAUAACUUAAAGCCUUGUAUAACAUUUGCAGGUGGAGCAAGCUUCAAUUCUCGGGGCUUAGUCCGGUUUGAGGCUCCCUAAGGAAGUCUCGGGUUUUUGCAAGUGCUUUGGAAUUUGCCUUCGGUGAUUAAUACUUCAUGUAUAUAUAAGUUUUUUCACAAAAUUCUGAACAAGCCAUGUGAUGUGGUUUUUUUUUUCAGUGUAUUGAAAAUAUAACUAGUAUUUGGGUCCCGGACAUUGCCCCAGAUUCGUAUUAUGUUUCCGACUUGAUAUGCAUUUUUUUUCUCUAAAAUAUAUUAAGGAAAAUUCAACAUUUAUAAGGUACAAAUAUAUAAUGUGGACACUUACAGCAUGAUUAAAAGUUGGUUGA